AUGUUCUUGACAUGUGAAGCUUGUGCUGGAAGAGAAGAUCGAGGUGUUAGUUGUAGAUGGUGCAUGGAAACCAAUCAGUGUCUUCCGUCAAAAUAUAUGUGCCAUCCAUGGAGAACAGUUUUGCACGAAGUCAAUUGUCCAGCUAAAAUACUGCCUACCACUUAUAAUGACACUUUUAACAGAUUAGAAGUCGCACACUACAUACACGCCGCCAACCGAGUCAGUGUGUCUGUUCCCGUCGGAGGUCCAAUGUCGUGCCUAAUGCAGAUGUCUGGGAAUAUUGAGGUGAUACAUGAAUUACUUGUGCCAACUAGUGUCGAUCAGAAGUCAAUUGGCAUUGUUAUCGGCGUGAACCAUGACUAUCGGCACAUUUUCAUCGCGUUCCGCUCCACAAACAACAUGAGACAGCUUCUAGUCCAAUGGCUAAUUUUCGGGAUGGGAUGGAUGGAAGAUUUUCCGCUCGGCGGCCAAAUGACAGCGGUCUUCGUAAGAAACUAUAAAGAUAUCCUGAAUUUCGGAUUCGAUAAAGCUGUGGAAGACGCAGUCGGUAGAUUUCCGUCCUACUCGUUUCUGAUGACUGGCCAUUCACUUGGAGGUGCCAUGACAACUGUGUUUUCGCUUCAUGUUGCAUUGAGGUAUCCGGCAAAGCAAGUUAGAUUGUAUGCAUGGUCGGGGCCGAGAAGUGGAGAUGAGACUUUUGUGAAGAUGCUCAAGGAGCAUGUCUUCGAGCAAUACCGAAUAGUCCGCGAUGGUGAUUUUGUGCCAGACUUCCCAUUAAGAAUAUCCCAAACGUUACCAGCUGCCCAUCAUAACACUUUUGAGAUAUACUACCCAAAACACAUGACAACGGACAAUUACAGAAUCUGUGAUCAGGCGGAAACAGAGUCAUGUCUGAAAGGCUCGUGGUGGAAAACUAUGUUUUCGCAUAUUUUCAUGUUUGAUAUGAACUUUUUCAACUCUCAGUUUAUGGACUAUUGUGAAUGA